AUGCCUCCAUACACCGAGUCGCCAAAGCCGCUGGAACUGACUGCUCUGGUCCCCAGUACCGGCGUCAAAAACUACACUUCGACUGACACUUGGAUUGCGAAAGUCUUCAAGCGUCGAAAGUGGCGAGCGGACGCCAAGUCCGGCAAGAACAGUCGCAUCCAGCGCAAGCAGCACAAACCCACGGGUGAAGACGACGAUGGAGAGCAGAGCUACCGAGAGGAGCUGGCCAAGUACAUUGCAGAGGCGACUGCAUACCUGGCUCAGGAAACACCCAGCGACUUGGAAACCAAUCUUUCGAGUGACGAUAGCGAGCCAAAGUCUCCGUGUGUCACUGGGAUCGAUCGUAACUCAACAACGUGGAACGAGUACGUGAAGCCGCCCGUGGAAAUCCCGCGUACCUAUCGCACUCAAGACCUUCAAGGAGGUGUGCUCGUGGGCGGCGAGUAUGUGCUGUAUACUAACUGGGCGUUCAAGCACGUCCUGCGUCGGAGGAGAUCUCUCGCACCGUAUCCAGAGCACGACUAUGAAUUGCCUUCAGCUUGUGGACCGAAUACAGGCAAUGGAGUAUACUUUGGAAAAGUGGUUGAGCUGUAG